UACCGGGUGGCGCUGUUGGAUUAUUGGCUGUGAGACAGAGGCUCUGUCGAGUGCUAUAUGUUGAUUGGUUGAAUUAGUGUGUUACGUCACGCGCUCGCGCGGAAGUAACAAGGAUUGGAAAAUAGAGGUUAUGCAGCAUCGAGCACAGCAGUUGAAGAAGACAUUUACCUAAUACAGCCAUGAGCUGAGGCUCCCCAAACCCACCUUUCUCAAUGAUAAACGACAAGCUGGUGUUCCUGGGUCUCCUUUACUUCAUCCAGGGGAUUCCAUAUGGCCUGCAGUCAUCCCUGCUCCCAGUGUACCUGCGCGGUGCCGGUCACUCCCUCACCCGCAUCAGCCUCACCAAAAUCCUCUACUUCCCCUGGGUGCUCAAGGUACUUUGGGCCCCUCUGGUGGACCGGACAGCUACCAAGCGCUGCUGGUUGGUGGGCACUGUGGCUGGACUGGCCCUUACCUGUUUGGUGAGCGCUACUAUUUCACCUGAUGUUCAGUACAUGAGUGUAGCGGGCUCCCUGCUCGCCAUGAACAUGCUGGUAUCCGUGCAGGACAUUGCGGCAGAUGGGGCGGCUGUGCGACUGCUCAGGGGGCAGGGGGAGCUGGGUCUGGGGAACACUGUACAGGUGGUGGGGUAUAAAGCUGGGUCUGUGUUUGCUGGAGGGGGGCUCCUGGCUGUGAUUGAUGUUGCAGGCUGGGGCUGGAUGUUCACACUGCUGGCCUGCGUGUACGGUGGUGUUGCUCUGUUCGUGUGGGGCGCCCCGGUGUUGGAUGGAGAGUCAGCGCGGGGACAGGGAGAAGGACGAAGAGGGCCAAAGGAUGUGAUGCAGCCAUGGAAGGUGUGGAGGAAGCUCUUGUCUGUGCCAGGAACGCCAUGGACGAUGUUCUACGUCCUCACUUACAAGCUAGGUGAACAGGGUGCUAUCACCAUGUUUCCUCUCUUCCUGCUGGACCACCACAUGACGGCCAGAGAACUGGGGGUGUGGAACGGUGUGGUUGCCAUGGCGUUUUCCAUCUGCGGCUCAUCAAUCGGGGGCUUCUUGCUCUCUCAGUACAGUAUUGGCCUGCUGAUGAGACGUGUGUUUAUGAUACGGACUAUCAGCAUGGUCUUCCAGAGCUCACUUCUCGUAGUGCUGGAGCCCUCUCCCUUGAUGAAAGGUAUGGCAGUGCUGAGUCUGAGUUUGCAGCAUUUCAUAGCGGGUCUCAUCACUACUCUCACUUUCACCACAAUGAUGAACUGCACACAGAGAGCCGAGGAAAGCAUACAGGCUACCCACUACAGUUUUCUGGCCACUCUGGAGGUCCUGGGGAAACUGAGUUUCAGUGCUUUGGCUGGAGGUAUGGUGGACACUGUGGGCUUUCCCAUAGCCUUCAUCCUCUUCCUUUUCCUCACCUCCAGCAGUGCCCUGCACGUGUGGAGAGCCACAGAGACUGGCGUACUGAAGGAGCAGCUUAAAGAGCAGCCAAAGUGACCAGUGAGAGCCGUGUGUUUAUGUCUGGUGACCAAGUAACCAGAGAUGCAAAUAUGUUGUUUUUAUUUGUAUUUAUUUGUGACACAACCAGCAUUUUCCGUGACAAGAGCCACAUGAGCACUCGCACUGAAAGCCAGUACCUCUCUGAAAAACACUGCAAAUGUUUAACAGCUACAUAUAGUCAACUAGAUUUAAAGGUACUUGCUUUUAUACAACAAUGGCAAGCAGACUGAGCUAUGGCAACACUGUGAACAUAUUAUCUAGUCUGCCUGAAGGACAACAGUCAAUCAUUAAAAAAACAAAAUAUGGUUAAUCCAUUAUGUUUGCUAUAAUGGACAAUGCCAAAUGUAUAAUUCAACAGAAUUUUACUGGUUAUAAAAGGUUAACAGCUUGUUUAAGGGUCUAGUUUGGAUUACUGUAGUUAUACACACCCUAGUCAUUUACACAUUUCCUUAUAUGCAGCAUGUAUUCACCUUAGAAAUGCCUUUAGUUUUUAACCGGAUGCUCUCUGACACCUUUGGAAACACUUGCAGCAAAUUCAGCUUAAUGACCAUUCAGCAACAUGCUGCAUUUUAAGAACCGCUUGACUUUAGAGUCAUGCAAAUUUAUAAGCAGUAUAAACAUUGAAUUAUGGUUCUAUGGUUAGUGGAGUGCUUUUGUAUUCUCAAUGCAAUACUUUUAUUAAAGGGGUCAUAUCAUGGGAAAAUAAAAGUUCAGUGUACACAAUGUACUACACUGUACCUUUUGACAAUGUUAUACAUUGAUUCAUAUUUGUAGUUCAGCAACUCGGCCAAAACAUAUUACCUAACUCCUCAAGAAUUAAUAAUGAGAGUUAAAUGAGUUAAAAACCUUGUGCUGCUCCUGGUUGUGCAUAGCACCUGAGACAUCUGCUUGGAUUGUUAGGAAAUGUAAGGAAAGAGUAGCCCUGCAGCAAAGUGACCAAACUGUUUCUCAUUUUACUUACCUAGAUUUGCUGUUUCAUUCAGCAAGUCAGAGAGAGGGUGGAAAGCAGUCAUGACAAACUAAAUUAGUUUUGAUGCAGAAAACUUGACUAACGUUGUAAGUGGACCUCAGGGAAAAAAAUAUUUUAAAAAAGUAUGAUAUGACCCCUUUAAUGUCUGUUAAAUACUGUACAUUGAAACUCAUCAAGCUCAUUUUUUGAGCCAGUACUAUAUUGUUUAAAAUGAUUAUUUUUUGUAUAAUGAGUUGUCUGCAUUUCCUAUGCAAUAACACAAAUUAUUCAUGAUUGUUCAAUACAACUUUGCUUCUCAUGGUACCUAAAAAAAAAAAAAAAAAAAAUUUUUUUUUCUUUUUGAGGUUCUCGAGUUAGUGAAAUAUAGACUAUCAUCAUUAAUUGAUAUACAAAUAUUAAUCCUGAAGUUCUUAUGAAGGACUGGGUAAUUCUCUGAGUCACUACCUUUUAUUUUUGAAUAUGUUUGAAUUGCCUUACUUUUUAAUAUAAUUUAUUGCAGAGCCAAAACAUGUGGAGAUAUUGUUGAGCCUACAUAGGCAUACGUGUGGGUUUUGCCAUAACUAAUGUGUUUAAGAUACCUUGAACCUAUAAUGUACUAUAAUUAUUUAUACAAAUUUUUGAGGGGAAUUUCAAUUGCAAAAAAAAAGAAGCAGAAAAUGGAAAUGCAGCUAUACAUGUAUAUGUUUUCCAUUCUGCAGAAAAAAUAUUUAAAUAUAUAUAAUACACUAUAAGGUAUGGCCAAUUAAUGGUUAUCAUUAAAUCCUCUGAUAAGCAAAGGCCUUUCCAAAAAAGAACCAUUUUUUGGGGGAUAUUAGCCCUAACUAUACAUGUAGGUGACUCAAAAAUAAAAGCUAUUACUGAAUCCAGAAUGUGCCUGUGCUUUUAUGAGCUUAUCAGACAAGAAUUAAAAGCCAUUCGUCUGUGUUAUUAAGAGAGCUUGGCCAUACCACUUAACCUUAGUCUUUAGAAAAUCCAAUAUUGUGUUGUGCACAUUUGUGGUUUAUACACUGCUCUAAAGAUAUAAAGCACAGUGAAACGCUAACAACUCAAGUAUUUCCCCUGAUGGAGCCUGGAGACGUUUUCCUAUGAGAUGACGUAAUAACUGUAGAACCGUAUGUUGUUGAUGGGACUGAACCAUAUCCCCAGCUUUUACCGUGACAUUCUAUACUCUCCCUCAUCAUGACAGAGGUGAUUCUUCCUGAGCUGUCAAAGGGAUUAGGAGUCCUUACGCAAUUCAUAAAUAGACCGCUCUUCACCUUUUCACUGAGACAUUAUUUCCUGGGUGGUUUAGACAGAAAGAAAGGACAGGGAAGAAAGGAAGGCAGCGUCUUCUUCACACUUCACCUUCGCAAAAGCACAAGAGACCAAGAACUGGUCAAACAGAGAGUGUGUGUUUACAUGCGCAGUUAUGAUUGAGCCACAGCAGGUUUUUGCAUCGUCGUCAAAAGUAUAUUCAGAAAUAUAGAUUAACUAUUCAUUAUUUCACAGGAUGUAGUGUAUAGUUUCUUCAGUUCUUAGCAAGAUACAGAUGUUGUUUGCUUUAAAGCACAUUGCGGUGGAAGAUGUUAAAUCUGGGUCCACAUGUUUUAGCAAGAUUGGAAUGUAUGUCACUCACGUGUCAUGUUAUUAAAUUGUCCAUGCUUUCAGUUAUGAAAAAGUAUAGUAUUCUCAACUGUUUAGCAUGUUUUCAAAAUGUAUACAGUAAAUCCAACUCAGUCUGUGAUGUUUUUUAACAUCAUAAAUCUAUUUUUUUAUUUUCAUUUUUACAUUUUCUGCAUCUUGAGAACCCCAGAAAUGUGAAGGGUGCAUUCUGCUGAUUUUUUUUCCUCUUCAAAAUCAACACAUACUUGUAAAAAAAUGUUUAAAAGUCUGCUGAAUCUAUCUCUGCCUGUUAUGGUGUUGUGGUAAGAUUUUCUGUUGGUACGAAAAUAAAAAGUAUUGAUUAUUUUAAAGAA